AUGAGUAGUGACGGGCCGCCCGUCGAGCAGCAACGCUUUGCGAGGACCCAAACACCCGAAAGUCCACGGCCUGUUCAUCUGCCAGAGCCUGCUAAGAUACCUGUCCUCCUCAACCAGAUGGACCCUUCCUCUAAUGACCUUGCGACAUACAACAUCCCUGCCGACCAGAACUUCGCCCAUUAUGGCGACACUCUAGAGAACCCUGCCUACAAGAGCUCUACCGACAGAAAUGCAACUGAUCCCUUUCACGAUUUCCUUCGUAAUGCCGACAGUGCGGUUGCAAACCAAAUCCAUUCUACUCCCACUCACCCUGUGCCCACAAACCCAUCGUACAAUGUGUCCAUCCAAUAUACUAAUCAUCCUGGAUCUUCAUUUCCCAAUGGACAAGUAACGCCGAAUGCGAAUGCGACUGAUGGUAUGCAACAACAGCAACUCAAUGAUGCACAACCAGCCUAUUCCACUCAGACGCAUCCGGCCCUUACCACCGAGUAUGACAAUACAAACACAGAAUACGUACCAAAUGGUGGUACUCUAGAGGCAGGUCUCGAGAAAGAGAUGGACCACCUGAGCGAAGAGAAUAAGGCUGCGCCUGCUGAAUCGGGCGAGACGAAGCCAGACACGGGUGUAGAUUACCAGUCCCUGCUUGACACAAUUGCACAGUCAGCUUCUACUGCCCCGUCCUCAGACACAAUCACUGCACCCGUCACCGAUGCCAUUGCUCCUGAUGUUCAUCCGAGCUCCUUACCUUCAUUCCCUGGUCUACCUCCUAAGCCACCUCCUUUGGAAGAUCAAGCUGCCACGUCUGUCUCUGUUGAUGUCACGCAAGCCCAGCAGCCCUUUUCUGCUGCGAAUGAGAGCACUUAUGAACAGGCCCAAGCUAAUGGCUUUUCGACCGAUGCUAAUCUAGUCAAUUCUAGCAUCCAUCAGCCUGGGAAUGGCUCUGUUCUCCCUACUCCUGGGCAUUUGUUCGACAUCGAUGUUCCUGUCCAGCAACCGAGUGCAUUAGAUAUGCAAUACCAUCCACAAAACACACAGCCCGCGGUUCUGUCUCCGAUCGAUCCUGCAGAUCGACCCUGGUCGCCCAAGACACAGGCUAUCUAUGAUCAAUUCCUCGAGGAUGAGAGGCACUAUGUCACCGAAGGCAUUUGGGACCGCUUUCCGAUGGGUAGUAGACUCUUUGUCGGGAAUCUUCCUAGCGAGAAGGUGACAAAAAGAGAUUUAUUCCACAAAUUUCACAGGCAUGGUAAACUGGCACAAAUUUCUAUCAAACAAGCAUACGGAUUUGUGCAGUACCACGAUGCUCAGAGCUGCAAAGCUGCUCUCGAUGCCGAACAGGGCGUUGAGCUACGUGGACGCAAGGUGCAUUUGGAAGUGUCGAAGCCUCAGAAGAACACCAAGAAUGCGGGUCAGCAGAACAACAAGAGUCAGAACCAAAACCAGAGUCGAAGACGUUCGAGGUCCCCACAACGAAGGCCUUACAGCGAUUUUCGUGACGAUCCCGGCAGACGAAGAGAGGUCUACAGAAAUCGAAGUCCGUCUCCACGUGGGUACAGAAGAAACAGUCGCGACGAUCGCAGAUCACCUUUGAGCAAUGGCACCUACAACACCCCUCAGCCAGCUGCCUAUGAUGACGAGGCUAGCCUACCAUAUCCACGGCGUGAUCCAAGAUAUGUCCCCGACGUGCAAAUUAUCGUAUUGGAUGCUGGCGUGAAUCAGGCGUUUGUCAACUGGAUUGAAGACAGCUUCAGACGGAAGGGCCUAACUGCAGCUUCAACCUGGCUAAAUACUAGAACCCCGUUGGCUGCUGUAAUCAAGCGACAGAUCAUGGAAGGAGUUCAAGCUGUUGUGAAAGUUGGGUCGAGCCAUCAAACGAGGAGCAAAGUUCCGUUGCAAGUUUUCGAUCGCAGCGCUGGCACAUCGAACAUUACCUUCAACGAGUACGUGGACUUAGAUGUUUCAGUCGCUGCCGACGUUGUGAUCCAAGCACGACAACGAGAACGUGUAAUGACGCAGCCACGCCCACCUUUUCCACCAGCUCUAAUACCACCUCAAAGUCCGUACCAACACAGCUCACCAAACACACCCUGGGCACCACAACCACCAUAUCCUCUGCCGCAACAACAUCCAGCUCCGCAGCACUACACCUAUCCGCCACAGCCCUACCGACCACCGCCUUAUCCAACUCCUCAAAGUGCGACUAGUCAACCACCAAACCUUCAUGAGCUGCUGGCUAAUCUCAAAGGCGGUGCUGGUGCGCCUCCCACACCACAGUCCGCACACUCAGCUAGUCAGCCGUUCACGCCCUAUGGUCAGCCACCGCCGCCACCACCACAGUACUACGGUCAAAACCUCUAUCCACAGCCUCAUCAACAACAAGGCGGGCCUGGUCAACAAAGUGUACAGAAUAUAAUGGACCAGUUGGCAAGAUAUCAGAGGUGA